CCAAAAACACCAAAUUCUGGCGCCAAAAUCUAAAAUUUUCACUGGGUUUCAGCUGCCCAUUGCCCGAAAUUUUACGGGCAUCCCAAAAAAAAAAUAAAAAAAAAAUCUGUCACAAAAUUCUUAUUCUUAUCAACUCCCUAUAUAGCCUUAUGAUUAUAGAUUAGUAUAUAAUCUUAACCAAAUUAGGUUUAUUUGGAUCUUCUAUUUUCUUUAUAAAUCUGCCCUUUAUUUUGCCGCCUUCUGUCCUUUUUCUUUCAUUCAAAGUCUUUACAUUUUAGACCACCCUUUUCUCUCUUCUCCCUUAUAGUUUUAGAAUCUUAGUGCAAAAUCAAGAAAGACCCUUUUGCUUCAUUCUUCUUCUCCAAUCUACACAGAUUCUUGAUAAAAGACUAGUCUUUGUGUUCAAGAAAUUCCAAAGGAGAAAUCUUUUUCUUUUGUUCAUUACAAAGUUUGUAUCUUUUUCAAGAAUAUAGACAUGGGAUUUUCAAAGAAACAUCAAUUAGUAGAUGGAAGCAAAGAAGAGAACAAAAUGUGGGUAAUUGCUGGAAUAGCCUUUAGGCCUAAACUGAAAUCAAUAUCCACAAAGCCAAAUAAAGAAGAAUUUGAAGACGAAGAAGAAGAAAGGUCAACAACUCCAACAGCAAGAGAUUCAAGGAUACCGGAAAAACUUCCAUGUCCACCGGCUCCGGUGAAGCGACGGCCAGCAUCUACGUGUCAUUAUAAUGGUGCUAGAGAGUUCUUUAAUCCACCAGAUCUUGAAUCUGUGUUUAUUAUUCGACAUGUGGAGAGAGCAAAUUAUUAGACCAUAAUUAGUGAAGGCCCAAAAAAUAACACCUUAUGCAACCAGAAAGAAGUCCUUUUGCUUAAGUUUAUUAGUUUUUUCAGUAGCUUACACUUUUGAGAUUUAGAUGUUAUAAUGUAAUAUACAGAAUAUAUACUAGAUAUGGUCUUAGCAGAUUAGCUAGUGUAGUUCAAUUUCUAUCUAUAAAACUAAGAAUAUUCUCAGUAUUAUGGCCUUUUGUUUUGUUCUUGUUCUGUUUUUUUCUUCUCAAGUUAGUUUUUGUAGUAGCUUAGGCUUUUGAGAUUGAGAUAAUGAUGAUUAUGUAAUAUACAAAAUACUAGAUAUGGUUCUUCUUCUCAGUAGAUUAGCUAGUGUUAGUUCAAUUUCUAUCUAUAAAACUAAGAAGAUUCUCAGUA